CGAGGUAACAUUAGGUGAGUAGGACGGUCGGUUGAAAUGUCCUUUUAUUUCAGUAAUUUAACCUCUAAAAUUCUGUUAAGAACAAUCAUACAGAACUAUUAGUAUAUUGUGUUGGUGGGUAUUCAUGUGCUGGACUCUCUCAGUGUUAACAACAUAACCCAGGGACAGACCUGACAGAGAAGCAGGUUUUGUAAGUAUAACAACUUCAAUAAAUCAGCACUUCUCAUCAGGAGGUCAUCAUGUCAGAGCUUGGCAUCCAAGCAGGAGCGACGGUGAUGAUGAUUUGGACUCAGCCCUCAGCACCAGCAGCCCUCAAACAGUAUGCAGAGAAACUGGGGGACAUCGUCGGUGCGAGCGGCAAAGUGUCAGUGGAGAACAUGGAGAGAAUAUUGCUGUCCUCCCAUUCGGCAUCCUCCUUUGACUGGGUGCUCUCUUGCCUUCUGACUGACAGCUCCUCUGUCCACAGUUCAGAGACUCUAGCAGAAAUUGCCAAAGUGCUCAAACCUGGUGGGAAGCUGGUUCUGGAUGAAGCAGUUACAGCAACUGAGGCUCAGAUUGUGAGGACUCCUGAGAAGCUCAUGUCCGCUCUGAAGUUGUCAGGCUUCAUGUCAGUGACAGAGGUCAAUAAAGCACAACUGACUGCUGAGGCGUUGAGCUCCCUCAGGGAAGCCACUGGUUUCCAAGGAAACACUCUGUCUAGAGUCCGCAUCUCUGCCGCCAAACCCAGUUUUGAAGUGGGAUCAUCCAGCCAGAUUAAACUGUCAUUCGGGAAAAAGCCAGCAGAGAAACCUGCUCUGGAUCCCAACACUGUCAAAAUGUGGACACUGUCAGCAAAUGACAUAGAUGAUGAUGAUGUGGAUCUGGUGGACUCUGAUGCUUUGCUGGAUGAAGAGGACUUAAAGAAACCAGACCCAGCUUCUCUUAAGGCCCCCGACUGUGGACCAGGAUCCGCCAAGAAGAAAGCCUGCAAGAACUGCUCAUGUGGUUUUGCUGAGGAGUUGGAGGAGGACGCUAAAGGAAAGGAGGGAACUAAAGGAAAACCGAAGACUAUCGUAGCGAAAUCUGCCUGUGGAAGUUGUUACCUUGGUGAUGCGUUCCGAUGUGCCAGCUGUCCUUACAUCGGGAAGCCAGCGUUCAAACCAGGAGAGAAGAUUGUGCUGGACAACAAGACGCUGACAGAUGCUUGAAACACUACAUUUCACACAUCCUACCGCUCAUGCUUCAAAAUAUUACAUUCCUUUAUUUUUCCAUCCACCCCGGAGACACGAUUCCCCCUCUGCAAAAGCAGAGUUGAAAGCUGCUUUUUCAGUCGACGUCAUUGCGGAUGUGAUGGGGAUUUCUGCCCGCUCGUCUGCUCAGUGAGAUGGCUUCUGUUCGACGCAUUGAGUGUUUGAGAUUACACACAUCAUCUGGUUUCGUCGGUACAUGUGAUGCCUUCAUGUACCGACAAUGGCAAGCCAUGCUCAAGGCGAGUAUGGCAAUACAGCUUUGACGAUGAGCAAGAGUGAGAUUUGAAUUAAAUGAAAAAGUGCAGUUUGACUCCUGCUGUUAUUAAAUAUAAUAAAAUUUUAAUGAAAGCUACCAAGUUGGUUUAUAAUACAGAAAAGCACUGAAAUGCAUUUGUUUUCGUUCUUUUCACUUGAAGUUGUAUUUACAUCCGACCGCUGACACACACAUGUCCAAUACAAGCUUAUUUAUGUAUGUAAAGGAAGGCAGUUUGGCAAUAAGACAUUUUGCUUUUCUGGGUUUCAUUUUAAUACAAUAAACUUAAAGCCAGACUUCUGUU